AGUAUUUGUUGUCAUAUUAAUGCAACGUGUUGUAUGUGCGUGUGAGAGAAAGAAACCUAUAAGUGCACGUGAUGCCCAGACUUCCUCAUUUUUCUCACUUGAAAACCUUACAAUUGACGCCAAUAGACAGACGGAGCAACAGUGAAGAGUGCGUGUGAAAAUGAAUACUGUGUGACGAAGACAAAUUUAUUAUCCAAGGACCUAUAGCUAAACGGAUAUUCAAAAUCUUAUGAAGCAAAGAAUUUCCAGAAGUUUGCGCUAUGGAGGAAGAAAAUCAUGUCGACAGCGAUUUAUCGUCUGGUGAUGUGCACCAUACCUCAGAGUUGAGAAUUUUACUUCUAGGUAAUAAAGCAGCCGGCAAGAGCUCAUCUGGAAACACCAUCCUGGGCAAACAAGAGUUCACUGUUAAAACUGCUCAAUGUGUUAAAAGAUGUGGAGAAGUAGAAGGAAGGAGGGUUACUGUGGUUGAAGCUCCAGGCUGGUGGAGAAAUUACCUCAUCAAGGACACACCAGCGCUACAUUCAGAAGAAAUCGUCCUCAGUAUGUCUCUGUGUCCGCCCGGACCCCAUGCAGUGCUGAUAGUUGUGCGUCUGGACUCAGAAAUUAACCAAAAAGCAAUUGAGGAGCGUGCUGUUCAGCUUUUGGGUGUGCAUAUUUGGAAUCACUGUAUAUUGCUGUUUACCCAUGGGGACAAUCUGCAGGACACAAGUUUUGAGGAGUAUAUUAAAAACAAAGGACGAGCUCUUGAAUGGGUCAUUGCGAGCUGUAUGAAAAGAUGGCAUGUUUUCGACAAUGAUACCAAAAAAGACAACAAACAGGUAAUAGAGCUGCUACAGAAAAUUGAUAAUAUGGUGGCAGAAAACAAUGGCCAUCAUUUUGCGAUGGAUUGUGCACUUUUACUUGAAAUAAAAUCGAAGAGAAAAGCAGAAGAGAAAAGGGUAAAAGAACGACUUAUGGCAAUAGAAAAACAGGAGCAGGACUUAUUACCUCGUGCAGGUCAAAUACAAUCACAGAUGAGAAUCAUUCUUGUAGGCCACAGAUAUUCAGGAAAGAGCUCAGCGGGAAAUACAAUCCUGGGCAGACAGGCGUUUAAUCUAUGCAGAAGUUUUCAGGCUCUGGGGAGGCAGGGAGAAGUCUUUGGAAGGAAGGUGACAGUCGUGGAGGCUCCAGGCUGGUGGAACAACUAUCUCCUGGAGGAUUCACCUGAACUUUACAAACAGGAAUUUGUGUUAAGCGUGUCUCUGUGUCCACCAGGACCGCAUGCUCUACUCUUGGUCAUACGAGUGGAUGGCUCAUUCACACCAAAAAAUAGAAUAGCUAUUAAGCAACACCUUGAAUUUCUCACAGAAAGAGUCUGGAAGUACACAAUAGUAUUGUUUACUUAUGGAGACUGGCUUGGAGACACUACAGUUGAGCAGCACAUUGAAAGCGAGGGGGCAGCGCUGAGAAGUUUAAUAGGAGACUGUGGCAAUCGAUAUCAUGUUCUAAAUAAUAACGAUUGGAGUAAUGAUUCUCAGGUGACCGAGCUGCUGGAAAAGAUCGAGAAGAUGGUGUGCAGAAACGAUGGCCUUCAUUAUGAGUUUGAUCGAGAGUUUCUGCAAAAGAUGGAAGAGAAAAAGAGAAAAACUCGAGAAUGUGCAAAGCAACGAAUCACGAAGGUGAAAAACAAGACAGAAACUGAAGUUUGGAUAGGUGAUACACGUUUUCUUCCAAAGCUGAGAAUUGUACUGUUGGGCCCUAGGUUUUCUGGAAAGAGUUCAACAGCAAAGACAAUUUUAGGAAAUGAGCAAUGGGUUGCUAUAGCAGGUGUACAGGGGGUGACACGAAAAUCAGCAGGAAGACUUGUGACUGUAAUUGAAAGUCAUGGAUGGCAGAAGACGAUGGCUGAAUGGAUUAAAUGUGAGAUUUCUAAAUGUGUUAAAUCAUGUUCUGAAUAUCCUUUUGCUGUGCUUCUGGUCAUAGAAGCAGACACCUCCUUCACCGAAGCCAAGAAAUCUGAAGUUGAAGAAUACAUGACAAUUAUGGGUGAUAGUGUGUGGAAGCGCACUAUAGUGUUAUUCACUCGCGGUGACUGGCUGGGUGACACAAACAUUGAGCAGCACAUUGAAAGUGAAGGUGUGGCCCUUCAGUGGCUUGUAGAGGCAUGUGGAAACAGGUAUCAUGUAUUCAACAACAUGAUACAAGAUGAUGAAACACAGAUCUUGGAGUUGAUGAAGAAAAUAGAGCAGAUGUUAUCUGAGGGUGGUGGCCAUUUUUUCACGAAAUCAUUGCCAAGCAUGGGUGUCAUCACCAAUGAUGUUUCUGAACCAUGUUCUUAUAGUACCAAGGAGUGGAGAUUAUCUGAUGUUUACAUCCGGGACAAUCAAAGUAUUCAUCAUCCACCAACAAUGGGUGCAUAUGACAGAUCUUUAACUGGCUCAGACUAUGACUCACUUCCUGGAUCCAGUCAGAGUGGAUCAAUGACCUUAUCACUGAGCUCUGGGAUUGGCUCACUGAGAGAGCAACAGCUCAGAGCUUUCUAUAAGAGCAGAGCAGAAGGGGACACGUGUAGUGUAUCAUCAAAAUCAAGUAAAAAGGAAUUUCUGGAUGAACAAGACUGAGUUGUUGGAUCCUGCCAUUAAAACUGGGCUGCUGUAAGGACGGAGUGAAGUGGCCCAUAGGAGAAUAAAAGAAUGACUCGAUAUUUUUUUUUUCUAAACUAAACCAUAAAAUUCUAAAUAUAAAACGGUUAGUUCUGGUCCUUGAUUCUGAUUGGUUGAGCCGUGUUCUUAGCUGUUGUAAAAGUCACAAAACAUACAGCUGACCUCAUACUGUUAACCCGAAUGUUCAAAGUAAUUAUGUUGGCUUGACAGAACCAACAUACUGAUCUUGUAUCUAAGCUUAUUAUUCUUCCGAUUCUUCUUCUGAUCCCCAAAAUUUCUGACUGCUACUCCUCCUAGAGCUUUCAAACUACAUCCACCAAACUUUCCACAAACCUUCAGUCUGGUCUGACUUGAGUUGCUAUAUCUUUUCUAACUGAUCCGGGUUCUGGUUUUCAAAAACCGGACUCUCAAAACCGCCUAAUUUCCCAUAGACUUAACAUUCGUGUGUGUUACAUCACUCUACAGUAUGUGAAGGCUGUUUGUUAAUUUUUGAUGCAGCUGAAAUGUUUAGGUUGUCUCAAUAAGUUCUUUCUAUUAUUUAAUUGUAAAUAAACAAAGUUACCUUAGUAAAUGAUCAAAAUUAAAAGGAAUUCAUAUGCAUGAGAACAACAAACUCAAAACAGAGUUUUCCCAACUUAUCCGGGUUUUCAGGGACUGCGCCACUAUAUGUUGCUGCAUCUGUGUUGCUUGGCAACCGCUUUGUUGUUGUAGCAACCAAAGUUUCUUGGGGCUUAUUGCUCAUUGCGAUUGCUUUGUGUUUAGAUUAGUAUUUUAUGAAAUGUUAAAAUUCAAUGAAAUUCUAUCAUAAUUUACGCAUUUCUCUUUAAUCCUGUAUGAUUGUUUUGUCCUUGAAAGACAAAUGAAUUGAUGACUUUUAUGCCACAAGCAGGUUUAGUUUUUGGUUCUUAUUACUUGAAGAAAUGUUCUUGUUUUACAACAUAAAUUUCACAAUCACUGAAAUUUCUAAAUUGUUGUGUGCUUUAAAGAAAUGUUGCUAUGUUCAAUAGGUUGCAAAGUAACUCAAAAUGUUAAUCACAGAACCUUAUUUCAGUUUUCUUUUUUAUAGUUUUCUUUUAGAAUAUAAAUAAUGGUGAACCUCUUUAAAAAAAUUGAAAUUUCAGUUUUAUAGGAUGUGGGUAUUAGUUAAUUUUAUGUGUUAUAUAUUGUGGUUAAAGAUUGUGACUUGUUUUAUCAUUCUCCAUGCAGCUCUGACCUCUUAAAAUAGCUUGUUUUGUUUCUGUUACACUUGGGUCAUAAGUGUACUGAAACCCAGUCCAACUAGUUUUCAAACUGAUUAAAAGACGUGUUUUAUCAGUACUUCCACAUUGUCAUUUACUUUGAAAUAUCCUGAGAAAAUGGUGAAAAAAUAUUGAAAUAUGUAAAUGUGAAAUA